AUGCAAGGAGGUAGAGGUAGAAAGUUGGUUAUGAGGAAGACACAAGGAGGUAGAAAGUUGGUUAUGAGGAAGACACAAGGAGGUAGACAGUUGGUUAUGAGGAAGACACAAGGAGGUAGACAGUUGGUUAUGAGGGAGACACAGGGAGAUAGAAAGUUGGUUAUGAGGAAGACACAAGGAGGUAGACAGUUGGUUAUGAGGACACAAGGAGGUAGAAAGUUGGUUAUGAGGAAGACACGAGGAGGUAGAAAGUUGGUUAUGAGGAAGACACAAGGAGGUAGAAAGUUGGUCAUGAGGAAGACACAAGGAGGUAGAAAGUUGGUUAUGAGGAAGACACAAGGAGGUAGAAAGUUGGUUAUGAGGAAGACACAGAGAGGUAGAAAGUUGGUUAUGAGGAAGACACAAGGAGGUAGACAGUUGGUUAUGAGGAAGGCAUGA